GUACUAAGAUGACAGUCGUUUGUUCGUUGUUCGUCGCUUCUGAACCGGCGCCGGUUGCGAACGGCCAUGUUUGUUGUGAUCACAGUAUAGGUACGGUAGCCGACUACAGCUGUUGCGCGCGACUGUCGUGCCAUUCUUACGAAAACGUCCGAAACAGGGAGUCGGCUGGACAGACCUACAAUAGCACAACAGUCGUUCUGAUCCUCGAUAUCGUGCAGCGCACGGUCAGUGGUUCAAAGCGACGUACAGUCGGCACAGUGAACCGUGCAGCUCCAUUUGGUGCGAUAGAGGGAGACAGAGUUAGCUGCGUGGUGCGCUGUGAGCACGUAAUAUACACGCAUUGUAGUUAUAGCAAUGCAGCAUGCAGCCGUGAGAGGCAGACAGAGACUGUUCCACGACCACAGCAUCUCACUGCCAGCGAGCUACGCAAAUCUGUGUACGCGUAUGUCAUAUGUACAUUCGUGAGGCAGCUGGGAAACGGCCGUGACGCGACAGACAACAACUGCUCGCGCGAUUUUUGCCGAGGCUGACUUGCAGCUCUGCCAGCGGAUUGAUAAACCAGCGACGUUUAACUGACAGUAGGUGUUACUUUUCACUUGGGAACGAUCGAGACUCGCAUCCGUCCAGACCAGCCUCUGAUGAUUCAUGACUUGCUCGAGUGUUUUUCCGUAGACCAUGUCUAUGCGGCAUUGAUACUCAGCGACGCGAUUCACUUGGAGGACUCGACAUCGUGAGGACAUCAGCUAGCAAUCAAUCGUCCGCCAAUGGGUGACUCAUCAGUGAAUUCCCUGGCACAGAAACUCGGCUACCUGCAAUUCGAGGAUGAGUCUUCUAAUAACUCACGGCCAGCCGGUUCAAGGCCAGAGGCCCAAGUACCCGUGGGGGGCAGGACCGUUGUGGCAGCCACCGAGAGCUUUCUCGAAACGGAUAACCAUGGCGGAAGGGGCGCACCGCCCUGCGCCGAUUUCAAGGCGUACGAGCGGGAAAACAGCGUAGCGGCUUCGAGGUAUACCACCGCGAAGCCCGGCGAGCAAGUCGACGAGCACGUCCAGUACAAGGACAAGAUGCAGUCUCCCGUUUACGAGAAUAUCGAAUAUUAUCCAGCGCACAGCCAGUCGUACGCGCCCUACUAUCAUUCCGUCGACUCGAGGAAAGCGGCCAAUGCCAGGGAUAGCCCGCGAGCGUCGCUCGUUGCUGAACAGUUCGAGGCCAAUUAUAAGGUUGCGGGGGGGUCAUCUGCCGACGGAGUAUUGAGUCAUUUGAAGAAAGCGCAGCCUCAGGUGCCGACGCACAGCGCUAGCCGAUAUCAGUCGGCCUCUCCAGCCAAAGAUUUGCCUCCGUACGAGGCACCACCAGUUUACGAAAACAUUCAAGAUGUGCACUCGGCAGAGAUGAACAGAAACAAAGCGCGUCCCCAAGUCCCAACGAACUACUGCAACUCGAUCAACAUCAACGGGGGCGAUUACGUUGUGAUGACUGGAAAAUUGGCCAGUCUGCAAGCAGGACCGAAAGGCCCCUAUUCCGUGCAGAAAUUGGACAGAGGUCAGAAUUACGAUAACCUUUUUCAGCGCUCUUGCGACCAGAUGCCUCGCAGCAAGUACCUGUCUAGCUCUCUCGAGCAACAGAAUAGCAAAAGUACCUAUGUACCACCUUCGGAACUUCAACAAAGCAGCAACAGCAUCUACGAGCAGCCGCAGCAAGCGCCUCAGCAGCAGCACUACGCAAGAGCCAACAUGUCCUAUCACGGUGAAGCCUCAGUCGCGCAGUACCCCGGUGAAGCGCAGUACCAGCAUUAUCGAAACGCCUCUAUUGAUGGGCCCAUGCAGCACAACUAUUAUCGACCGGACAAUGCACAAUCGAAUAAACAUUACGUCGAGCCAACUGCUAACUGUGCGAGCACUACUUACUACAACGAGGCGCAUACCCGUAACGUGCCAGUUUACAGUUCUCCGAGAUCGGGGGAGCCGCUCAGCAGGGGCGCGCCCUCAUACUCACCGAGUCGCAUAGUUCGACAAAAUGAACGCAAUUGCCAACACCCGGAUUUCCUGGCGGAGUCCGAACGACAAUCUGCUCAGCAACAGCAGCAGCAGCAGCAGCAGCAGCAGCAGCAGCAGCAGCAGCAGCAUUGCGCUGAACCCGGCUAUUCGGGCAGUCCCACAACCGAUAGAAAUUACGCCGAAUCGACAGACUCACUUCGAAAGCCACCCACGGCUCAGUACGCGCAGCAGCCGUGCCUGAGCCUAGCAGCGCCUCAGUCACCGCAAGACAGCUGCCCGCGAACCACGCAAAUGUCCUCGCAAGAGGCCGACCAGAUCGUCUCAAACGUACUAAGGCGCACCGUCGCCGAGAUCUCCGAUAACCCGGUGAGGGGUCAAGUGCAAGCGCCGGUCACGAGCGCCUCCACCGACAGCUCGUCAUUCCACGGUCCGAGGAUCACCAGUUUGCCUCCGGGGGUGACUAGCGGAGUUGCCGGACCGGUAAUACUCAAUGAUGGCGUACCGAACAUACACAAGAAUACAGAGUCGAUCUCACUGGUCAACGACCCAAGGCAGCAGCAGCAGCCGCAGCCGAUACCCCCGCCGUUGAAAUCAGCGCCGGUCAAAGGAUUGCUUCCCUACAAUGUCACGCCUCCGAGACCAUCGGGUCCCACUGAAGCCGAACGGAAAAUCGAGGAAUUGACAAGACAAUUGGAGGAAGAAAUGGAGAAGCAAGAAGAAGAGGGUGAAUAUUUCGGUAUCUGCCACACAUGUCGCGAGAAGGUGACGGGUGCCGGACAAGCUUGCCAAGCAAUGGGUAAUCUCUACCAUACGAAUUGCUUCAUAUGCUGCUCUUGUGGCCGAGCACUUCGUGGAAAGGCAUUUUACAACGUUGACGGCCGAGUUUACUGCGAGGAAGAUUAUCUGUAUUCGGGAUUCCAGCAAACGGCUGAAAAAUGCGCCAUCUGCGGUCAUCUCAUCAUGGAGAUGAUUCUGCAAGCUAUGGGAAAAUCGUACCAUCCAGGUUGCUUCAGAUGUUGUAUUUGCAACGAUUGCUUAGAUGGGGUACCCUUUACUGUGGACAUCGACAAUAAAAUAUAUUGUGUCAACGACUAUCACAGAAUGUUCGCGCCCAAGUGCGCUUCUUGUGGGAAGGGGAUCACGCCCGUCGAGGUAAACGAUAUCGAAGGAACCGAGGAGACUGUCCGCGUUGUAUCAAUGGAUAAAGAUUUUCACGUUGAUUGCUACGUAUGUGAGGAUUGCGGUAUGCAGUUGACGGACGAGCCAGACAAGCGCUGCUACCCUCUGGACGGCAGACUUAUGUGCAGAGCAUGUCACAUUCAGCGUAUUUCUCAUGUACAACCAAGAGCGCCUCAACCAGUCUCGGCAACCUACCAAUUCAUGGGUUGAUUAAAUUUUAAGAUGACAAGUUUUGCGGUUAGCUAUCAGCUCGUUUUUAGUAGGAGCAUCGAUGCAGUCAAUGCUCUAAUGUGAUAUUCGACACUGACUCAAUAGAACUAAUUCCACCGUGGAUACAUUUAUAAUUCAACAGAACUAACAAUAUGACUAUUAUUUGUUAAAAUUAGUUGUGUUGAACGGCAUCAGCAAUGCUUCAAUUGUAGUAGCUCGUUGAAGAGCUACCCAUGAUUUUUAAUGAUUACGUAGUACAAGUCGAGCUUGUUAGCAGCUAUCGGUGGUUGCUGCAGCCUUUGAUCGAACUCAAAUAAUAGCGUUUAUUAGCUCAAUUUUUUAGUUGUAAGUCAUAAUAAUGCAAAAUUAUUCUCAUAUGUAUAAGAUGAAUCGCCAUUUGAUAUUCUACAAAUUGUUUGUUCACUAAAGCAAAGAAAUUUGACGUUGGCUUUUCGUAAUUAUUGCAGCCGUUCGACGCGGUAAGUUAGUGUGUGCGAACCAAAAGAGACAAAGUGAUGCAAACAACACGAAGUUUUUCUAAGCAAUGUAUUAUUAUAUGACUAUUGAUAUUUUGUUAUAGCGACGACUAGCCUAAUAAAAAGCAACAAAACCGGUGGCUCCCGUAACGUAAUCCAAUGGAUUUUUUUCUACUUGUCACUUGAUUAGCAUAAAUGAAAAGCGAAUCGCCUAGACUUUGACUAUGAUGUUUUAUGCUAUUGAUUGCGGUGUUAUUGUUCGUGCAUCUAUGAGCUCCUGUUAAAGUAACAAAUGACAAAUAAAGCAAUGAAUUGG